AGGAGGCGAGCUCUGAGUUGUCCAGGAGGAGGGACUUGGGCUAAAAAUAGCUAUGGCGUGUGGCUCAGCCUCUAGUGGUACCCAGGACUGGGGAGGGGAGGGGAUGCUCUAGAGCUGUCGCCAGACUGGUUGCUGUGGAAACAAGAGAGGAGCAGGGGAGCCUGGGAAGUGCGGAUGACACAGAUAGCAAGUCCUGGUCAGAGCUGCCGCUACAUUUAGGAGAAACGGCGGUGUCUGUGGCUCCCACCCUCCAAGGGGGCCGGGGAAGGGGUGGUGUCAGGGGCAUGGACGCUACCCCCCAGGGGUCUCUGCUGCCGGCUCCUCUCCUCUCCACACGCUGCCCCCUGCGGCCGCCGCCAUGGCGCGGGCCGGCGCCCCCCCGCUCGCCGGGCCCCGAGCCGCCGCGCCGCCGCGGCCGCCAGCGCUACGUGGAGAAGGACGGCCGGUGCAACGUGCAGCAGGGCAACGUGCGCGAGCCGGGCCGCUACCUGACCGACCUGUUCACCACGCUGGCCGACCUGCAGUGGCGCCUCAGCCUGCUCUUCUUCGUGCUCGCCUACGCGCUCACCUGGCUCUUCUUCGGCGCCAUCUGGUGGCUGGUGGCCUACGGCCGCGGCGACCUGGAGCACCUGGGCGACGCGGCGUGGACGCCGUGCGUCAACAACCUCAACGGCUUCGUGGCCGCCUUCCUGUUCUCCAUCGAGACGGAGACCACCAUCGGCUACGGGCACCGCGUCAUCACCGACCAGUGCCCCGAGGGCAUCGCGCUGCUGCUGCUGCAGGCCAUCCUGGGCUCCAUGGUGAACGCCUUCAUGGUGGGCUGCAUGUUCGUCAAGAUCUCGCAGCCCAACAAGCGCGCCGCCACGCUCGUCUUCUCGUCGCACGCCGUGGUGUCGCUGCGCGACGGCCGCCUGUGCCUCAUGUUCCGCGUGGGCGACCUGCGCUCGUCGCACAUCGUGGAGGCUUCCAUCCGCGCCAAGCUCAUCCGCUCGCGCCAGACGCUCGAGGGCGAGUUCAUCCCGCUGCACCAGACCGACCUCAGCGUGGGCUUCGACACGGGCGACGACCGCCUCUUCCUCGUGUCGCCGCUCGUCAUCAGCCACGAGAUCGACGCCGCCAGCCCCUUCUGGGAGGCGUCGCGCCGCGCCCUGGAGAGGGACGACUUCGAGAUCGUCGUCAUCCUCGAGGGCAUGGUGGAAGCCACGGGAAUGACAUGCCAAGCUCGGAGCUCCUACCUGGUGGAUGAGGUGCUGUGGGGCCACCGCUUCACAUCAGUGCUCACCCUGGAGGAUGGCUUCUAUGAGGUGGACUAUGCCAGCUUCCACCAGACCUUUGAGGUGCCCACACCCUCGUGCAGCGCCCGGGAGCUGGCCGAAGCCGCUGCCCGCCUUGACGCCCAUCUGUACUGGUCCAUCCCCAGCCGGCUGGAUGAGAAGGUGGAGGAGGAGGGGGCCGGGGAGGGGGCGGGGGGAGAGGCUGGUGCUGACAAAGAGCAGAAUGGCUGCCUGCCGCCCCCAGAGAGCGAGUCCAAGGUGUGA